ACGUCAGCUGGCUUCCGCUCCGGUCACCGUGGCAACGCGUCCUGCAGUCGUGGCAACGCAUCCAAGCGCCUGGUGACCUGUAUGGAGCCGCUGAGUAAUCUCCCCGGCCCUCCAAGCGGCGAUCUGUGAAUACACAUAUAGGAGAGGAUUAACACUGUGUACAAGGCACAUAUGCUAAACUUAAACAUCAAUAAAUAAUGAUCAUGUAUAAUCACUUGGUGCAUUGGGCAUAAUUGUACCCAAGGCCGACCAAUAUAUAUACCUCAUCUAUUAAAGUGUGCCGUAAGUGGUGAAGGAAGGGUAGACAAAGAGAGAAAAGAGAGGAAAACACACAAAGUGAUCAGAAUACAGCUCCAUAUUGUCCAGCGUGUAAAUCUCGUCGAUCAAGAAAAGUCCCUGUUAGACCAAACCAGCCAGGCUCCGGGUUCCGUUCCCAGUUGUAUGCGAAUACAAACAUGAAAUCAAUGGCGGCAACCCUAUUGCUGGGUGUAACACUUCUACUUACAGGUAUCUGUUCAACUGCAAACUUCACUUUCCCAGAUCAAGGGAGGAGAGUUACUGACACGACAACAGAUACAUUUUAUUUUACUGCAACUUUGUCAACUUUAUCGUUAGAACAAACACCCGAAACGACUGAAAAAACGUCGGUGACGGACGUAACAAGAGAAAACAUUUCAUUGAUGUCACCAGCAUUAACGUUACCACUGUCUGAUUUAAGGAUUGACAGAACAGUGAUUUAUAGAAUGCAGGCAGAAGAAUUACCCAUAAUGAAUACAAUAGUAUUUCCUGUAUCCGAUACAACACUGGAAGAAACACCCCCAGUCUCUGAACAUAUAGAGGAGGAAACAUCACCAGUCUCUGAACAUACAGAGGAGGAAACAUCACCAGUCUCUGAUUAUACGGAGGUGGAAACAUCACCAGUCUCUGAUUAUAUGGAGGGGGAAACAUCACCAGUCUCUGAUUAUACAGAGGAGGAAACAUCACCAGUCUCUGAUUAUACGGAGGAGGAAACAUCACCAGUCUCUGAACAUACAGAGGAGGAAACAUCACCAGUCUCUGAUUAUACGGAGGGGGAAACAUCACCAGUCUCUGAACAUAUAGAGGGGGUAACAUCACCAGUCUCUGAAUAUACAGAGGGGGAAACAUCACCAGUCUCUGAUUAUACGGAGGUGGAAACAUCACCAGUCUCUGAUUAUACGGAGGUGGAAACAUCACCAGUCUUUGAUUAUACGGAGGAGGAAACAUCACCAAUUACUGAAUAUACGGAGGGGGAAACAUCACCAGUCUCUAACACAACACAGGUUGAAAUAUCUGAAUAUAUUGAUACAACAGUAGCAGAUACAGCCACUGUAACUGAUACAGCACAGGCCGGAACAACUUAUUUGUCUGAAACAGCACAGGCCGGAACAUCUACUGUGACUUAUACAACAGUAGCAGAAACAUCUUCUGGGUCUGAAACAGCACAGGCUGGAACAUCUUAUGUGACUGAUGCAGCACAGGAUGGAAUAUCUCAUGUGACUGAUAUAUCACAGACUGGGACUACCGAUGUAAUUCAUAUAACAGCAACAGAAACAUCUCAUGUGACUGAUACAGUGCAGGCCGGAACAUCUCAUAUGACUGAAACAGCACAAACCGGAACAUCUCAUGUGAUUGAUAUAACAGAAGCAGAAACAUCUACUGUUCCUGAAACAGUACAGGCCGGAACAUCUCAUGUAUCUGAUACAACAGAAGCAGAAACAUCUCAUGUAACAGAUACAACAACUGCAGAAACAUCUACUGUGACUGAUACAGCACAGGCCGGAACAUCGCAUGUAACAGAUACAACAACAACAGCAGAAACAUCUACUGUACCAGAUACAGCACAGGCUGAAACAUCUCAUAUAACAGAUACAACAACAGCAGAAAUAUCUACUGUACCAGAUACAGCACAGGCCGGAACAUCUCAUUUGACUGAUACAACAGUAGAAACAUCUACUGUACCAGAUACAGCACAGGCCGGAACAUCUCAUGUAACAGAUACAACAACAGCAGAAAUAUCUACUGUACCAGAUACAGCACAGGCCGGAACAUCUCAUGUAACAGAUACAACAACAGCAGAAAUAUCUACUGUACCAGAUACAGCACAGGCCGGAACAUCUCAUGUAACAGAUACAACAACAGCAGAAAUAUCUACUGUACCAGAUACAGCACAGGCCGGAACAUCUCAUUUGACUGAUACAACAGUAGAAACAUCUACUGUACCAGAUACAGCACAGGCCGGAACAUCUCAUGUAACAGAUACAACAACAGCAGAAAUAUCUACUGUACCAGAUACAGCACAAGCCGGAACAUCUCAUGUAACAGACACUACAACAGUAGAAACAUCUACUGUAACAGAUACAGCACAGGCUGGAACAUCUCAUGUGACUGAUGUAACAGUAGCAGAAACAUCUUAUGUGACAGAUACAGCACAGGCCGGAACAUCUCAUGUAACAGAAUUAACACCAGAAACUUUUCAUGUAACUGAUACUGCACAGGCCAAUACAUCUCAUAUGACUGAUGUAACAGUAGCAGAAACAUCUACAAUGCCUGAUACAGCACAGGCUGGAACAUCUCAUGUAACAGAUACAACAGAAGCAGAAACAUCUGCUGUGACUGAAACAGCACAGGCCGGAACAUCUCAUGUAACAGAUACAACAACAGCAGAAACAUCUGCUGUGACUGAAACAGCACAGGCCGGAACAUCUCAUGUAACAGAUACAACAACAGCAGAAACAUCUACUGUAUCAGAUACAGCACAGGCUGGAACAUCUCAUGUUACAGAUACAACAGCAGAAACAUCUACUGUACCAGAUACAGCACAGGCCGGAACAUCUCAUGUAACAGAUACAACAACAGCAGAAACAUCUACUGUACCAGAUACAGCACUGGCUGGAACAUCUCAUGUGACUGAUAGAACAGAAGUAGAAACAUCUACUAUGACUGAUACAGCACAGGCCGGAACAUCUCAUGUAACAGAUACAACAACAGCAGAAACAUCUACUGUACCAGAUACAGCACAGGCUGGAACAUCUCAUGUAACUGAUAAAACAACAGCAGAAACUUCUACUGUACCAGAUACAGCACAGGUUGGAACAUCUCAUGUAACAGAUACAACAACAGCAAAAACAUCUCAUGUAACUGAUACAGCACAGGCCGGAACAUCUCAUGUAACAGAUACAACAACAGCAGAAACAUCUACUAUGACUGAUACAGCACAGGCCGGAACAUCUCAUGUGACUGAUAUAACAGAAGCAGAAACAUCAUAUGUGACUGAUACAGCACAGGCCGGAACAUCUCAUGUAACAGAUACAACAACAGCAGAAACAUCUACUAUAACUGAUACAGCACAGGCCGGAACAUCUCAUGUGACUGAUAUAACAGAAGCAGAAACAUCAUAUGUGACUGAUACAGCACAGGCCGGAACAUCUCAUGUAACAGAUACAACAACAGCAGAAACAUCUACUAUAACUGAUACAGCACAGGCUGGAACAUCUCAUGUGACUGAUACAACAGCAGAAACAUCUACUGUAGCAGAUACAGCACAGGCUGGAACAUCUUAUGUGACUGAUACAGCACAGGCCGGAACAUCUCAUGUAACAGAUACAACAACAACAGCAGAAACAUCUACUGUACCAGAUACAGCACAGGCUGAAACAUCUCAUAUAACAGAUACAACAACAGCAGGAAUAUCUACUGUACCAGAUACAGCACAGGCCGGAACAUCUCAUUUGACUGAUACAACAGUAGAAACAUCUACUGUACCAGAUACAGCACAGGCCGGAACAUCUCAUGUAACAGAUACAACAACAGCAGAAAUAUCUACUGUACCAGAUACAGCACAGGCCGGAACAUCUCAUGUAACAGACACAACAACAGCAGAAAUAUCUACUGUACCAGAUACAGCACAGGCCGGAACAUCUCAUGUAACAGAUACAACAACAGCAGAAACAUCUACUAUAACUGAUACAGCACAGGCCGGAACAUCUCAUGUGACUGAUAUAACAGAAACAGAAACAUCAUAUGUGACUGAUACAGCACAGGCCGGAACAUCUCAUGUAACAGAUACAACAACAGCAGAAACAUCUACUAUAACUGAUACAGCACAGGCUGGAACAUCUCAUGUGACUGAUACAACAGCAGAAACAUCUACUGUAGCAGAUACAGCACAGGCUGGAACAUCUUAUGUGACUGAUACAGCACAGGCCGGAACAUCUCAUGUAACAGAUACAACAACAACAGCAGAAACAUCUACUGUACCAGAUACAGCACAGGCUGAAACAUCUCAUAUAACAGAUACAACAACAGCAGGAAUAUCUACUGUACCAGAUACAGCACAGGCCGGAACAUCUCAUUUGACUGAUACAACAGUAGAAACAUCUACUGUACCAGAUACAGCACAGGCCGGAACAUCUCAUGUAACAGAUACAACAACAGCAGAAAUAUCUACUGUACCAGAUACAGCACAGGCCGGAACAUCUCAUGUAACAGACACAACAACAGCAGAAAUAUCUACUGUACCAGAUACAGCACAGGCCGGAACAUCUCAUGUAACAGAUACAACAACAGCAGAAAUAUCUACUGUACCAGAUACAGCACAGGCCGGAACAUCUCAUGUAACAGAUACAACAACAGCAGAAAUAUCUACUGUACCAGAUACAGCACAGGCCGGAACAUCUCAUGUAACAGACACAACAACAGCAGAAAUAUCUACUGUACCAGAUACAGCACAAGCCGGAACAUCUCAUGUAACAGACACUACAACAGUAGAAACAUCUACUGUAACAGAUACAGCACAGGCUGGAACAUCUCAUGUGACUGAUACAACAACAGCAGAAAUAUCUACUGUACCAGAUACAGCACAGGCCAGAACAUCUCAUGUAACAGACACAACAACAGCAGAAAUAUCUACUGUACCAGAUACAGCACAGGCCGGAACAUCUCAUGUAACAGAUACAACAACAGCAGAAAUAUCUACUGUACCAGAUACAGCACAGGCCGGAACAUCUCAUGUAACAGACACAACAACAGCAGAAAUAUCUACUGUACCAGAUACAGCACAAGCCGGAACAUCUCAUGUAACAGACACUACAACAGUAGAAACAUCUACUGUAACAGAUACAGCACAGGCUGGAACAUCUCAUGUGACUGAUGUAACAGUAGCAGAAACAUCUUAUGUGACUGAUACAGCACAGGCCGAAACAUCUCAUUUGACUGAUACAACAGUAGAAACAUCUACUGUACCAGAUACAGCACAGGCCGGAACAUCUCAUGUAACAGAAUUAACACCAGAAACUUUUCAUGUAACUGAUACUGCACAGGCCAAUACAUCGCAUAUGACUGAUGUAACAGUAGCAGAAACAUCUACAAUGCCUGAUACAGCACAGGCUGGAACAUCUCAUGUAACAGAUACAACAGAAGCAGAAACAUCUGCUGUGACUGAAACAGCACAGGCCGGAACAUCUCAUGUAACAGAUACAACAACAGCAGAAACAUCUACAAUGCCUGAUACAGCACAGGCUGGAACAUCUCAUGUAACAGAUACAACAGAAGCAGAAACAUCUGCUGUGACUGAAACAGCACAGGCCGGAACAUCUCAUGUAACAGAUACAACAACAGCAGAAACAUCUACUGUAUCAGAUACAGCACAGGCUGGAACAUCUCAUGUUACAGAUACAACAGCAGAAACAUCUACUGUACCAGAUACAGCACAGGCCGGAACAUCUCAUGUAACAGAUACAACAACAGCAGAAACAUCUACUGUACCAGAUACAGCACAGGCUGGAACAUCUCAUGUAACAGAUACAGCACAGGCUGGAACAUCUCAUGUAACAGAUACAACAGCAGAAACUUCUCAUGUAUCUGAUACAGCACAGGCCGAUACAUCUCAUGUGACUGAUAUAACAGAAGCAGAAACAUCUACUGUGACUGAAACAGCACAGGCUGGAACAUCUCAUGUGACUGAUACAACAGAAGCAGAAACAUCUCAUGUGACUGAUACUGCACAGUCCGGAACAUCUCAUGUAACAGAUACAACAACAGCAGAAACAUCUACUGUGACUGAUACAGCACAGGCUGGAACAUCUCAUGUGACUGAUACUGCACAGUCCGGAACAUCUCAUGUAACAGAUACAACAACAGCAGAAACAUCUACUGUGACUGAAACAGCACAGGCUGGAACAUCUCAUGUGACUGAUACAACAGAAGCAGAAACAUCUCAUGUGACUGAUACAGCACAGUCCGGAACAUCUCAUGUAACAGAUACAACAAAAGCAGAAACAUCUACUGUGACUGAUACUGCACAGGCCGGAACAUCUCAUGUGACUGAUACAACAACAGCAGAAACAUCUACUGUACCAGAUACAGCACAGGCCGGAACAUCUCAUAUGACUGAUACAACAGAAGCCGAAACAUCUACUGUGACUGAAACAGCACAGGCUGGAACAUCUCAUGUGACUGAUACAACAGAAGUUGAAACAUCUACUAUGACUGAUACAACACAGGCCGGAACAUCUCAUGUAACAGAUACAACAGCAGAAACAUCUACUGUACCAGAUACAGCACAGGCUGGAACAUCUCAUGUUACAGAUACAACAGCAGAAACAUCUACUGUACCAGAUACAGCACAGGCCGGAACAUCUCAUAUGACUGAUACAACAGAAGCCGAAACAUCUACUAUGACUGAUACAACACAGGCUGGAACAUCUCAUGUGACUGAUACAACAGUAGCAGAAACAUCUACUGUACCAGAUACAGCACAGGCCGGAACAUCUCAUAUAACAGAUACAACAGCAGAAACUUCUCAUGUAACUGAUACUGCACAGGCCGAUACAUCUCAUAUGACUGAUGUAACAGAAGCAGAAACAUCUACAAUGCCUGAUACAACACAGGCUGGAACAUCUCAUGUAACAGAUACAACAGAAGCAGAAACAUCUACUAUGACUGAUACAGCACAGGCCGGAACAUCUCAUGUGACUGAUACAACAACAGCAGAAACAUCUACUGUACCAGAUACAGCACAGGCCGGAACAUCUCAUAUGACUGAUACAACAGAAGCCGAAACAUCUACUGUGACUGAAACAGCACAGGCUGGAACAUCUCAUGUGACUGAUACAACAGAAGUUGAAACAUCUACUAUGACUGAUACAACACAGGCUGGAACAUCUCAUGUGACUGAUACAACAGUAGCAGAAACAUCUACUGUAUCAGAUACAGCACAGGCCGGAACAUCUCAUGUAACAGAUACAACAGCAGAAACAUCUACUGUACCAGAUACAGCACAGGCUGGAACAUCUCAUGUUACAGAUACAACAGCAGAAACAUCUACUGUACCAGAUACAGCACAGGCCGGAACAUCUCAUAUGACUGAUACAACAGAAGCCGAAACAUCUACUAUGACUGAUACAACACAGGCUGGAACAUCUCAUGUGACUGAUACAACAGUAGCAGAAACAUCUACUGUACCAGAUACAGCACAGGCCGGAACAUCUCAUAUAACAGAUACAACAGCAGAAACUUCUCAUGUAACUGAUACUGCACAGGCCGAUACAUCUCAUAUGACUGAUGUAACAGAAGCAGAAACAUCUACAAUGCCUGAUACAACACAGGCUGGAACAUCUCAUGUAACAGAUACAACAGAAGCAGAAACAUCUACUAUGACUGAUACAGCACAGGCCAGAACAUCUCAUGUAACAGAUACAACAACAGCAGAAACAUCUACUGUACCAGAUACAGCACAGGCCGGAACAUCUCAUGCGACUGAUACAACAGAAGCUGAAACAUCUCAUGUGACUGAUAAAACAGAAGCAGAAACAUCUUAUGUAUCUGAUACAGCACAGGCCGAAACAUCUCAUGUAACAGAUACAACAACAGCAGAAACAUCUACUGUACCAGAUACAGCACAGGCUGGAACAUCUCAUAUAACAGAUACAACAACAGUAGAAACAUCUACUUUACCAGAUACAGCACAGGCUGGAACAUCUCAUAUAACAGAUACAACAACAGUAGAAACAUCUACUUUACCAGAUACAGCACAGGCUGGAACAUCUCAUGUAACAGAUACAACAGCAGAAACUUCUCAUGUGACUGAUACAGCACAGGCCGAUACAUCUCAUGUGACUGAUAUAACAGAAGCAGAAACAUCUACUGUGACUGAAACAGCACAGGCCGGAACAUCUCAUGUAUCUGAUACAGCACAAGCCGGAAAAUCACAUGCAACAGAUACAACAACAGCAGAAACAUCUACUGUACCAGAUACAGCACAGGCUGGAACAUCUCAUAUAACAGAUACAACAACAGUAGAAACAUCUACUUUACCAGAUACAGCACAGGCUGGAACAUCUCAUGUAACAGAUACAACAGCAGAAACUUCUCAUGUACCAGAUACAGCACAGGCCGAUACAUCUCAUGUGACUGAUAUAACAGAAGCAGAAACAUCUACUGUGACUGAAACAGCACAGGCUGGAACAUCUCAUGUGACUGAUACAACAGAAGCAGAAACAUCUCAUGUGACUGAUACUGCACAGUCCGGAACAUCUCAUGUAACAGAUACAACAAAAGCAGAAACAUCUACUGUGACUGAUACAGCACAGGCCGGAACAUCUCAUGUAACAGAUACAACAACAGCAGAAACAUCUACUGUGACUGAUACAGCACAGACCGGAACAUCUCAUAUAACAGAUACAACAACAGUAGAAACAUCUACUGUGACUGAUACUGCACAGGCCGGAACAUCUCAUGUGACUGAUACAGCACAGGCCGGAACAUCUCAUGUAACAGAUACAACAACAGCAGAAACAUCUACUGUACCAGAUACAGCACAGGCCGGAACAUCUCAUGUGACAGAUACAACAGAAGCCGAAACAUCUACUGUGACUGAAACAGCACAGGCCGGAACAUCUCAUGUAACAGAUACAACAACAGCAGAAACAUCUACUGUGACUGAUACAGCACAGACCGGAACAUCUCAUAUAACAGAUACAACAACAGUAGAAACAUCAACUGUGACUGAUACUGCACAGGCCGGAACAUCUCAUGUGACUGAUACAGCACAGGCCGGAACAUCUCAUGUAACAGAUACAACAACAGCAGAAACAUCUACUGUACCAGAUACAGCACAGGCCGGAACAUCUCAUGUGACUGAUACAACAGAAGUUGAAACAUCUACUAUGACUGAUACAACACAGGCUGGAACAUCUCAUGUAACAGAUACAACAACAGCAGAAACAUCUACUGUGACUGAUACAGCACAGACCGGAACAUCUCAUAUAACAGAUACAACAACAGUAGAAACAUCUACUGUGACUGAUACUGCACAGGCCGGAACAUCUCAUGUGACUGAUACAGCACAGGCCGGAACAUCUCAUGUAACAGAUACAACAACAGCAGAAACAUCUACUGUACCAGAUACAGCACAGGCCGGAACAUCUCAUGUGACAGAUACAACAGAAGCCGAAACAUCUACUGUGACUGAAACAGCACAGGCCGGAACAUCUCAUGUAACAGAUACAACAACAGCAGAAACAUCUACUGUGACUGAUACAGCACAGACCGGAACAUCUCAUAUAACAGAUACAACAACAGUAGAAACAUCUACUGUGACUGAUACUGCACAGGCCGGAACAUCUCAUGUGACUGAUACAGCACAGGCCGGAACAUCUCAUGUAACAGAUACAACAACAGCAGAAACAUCUACUGUACCAGAUACAGCACAGGCCGGAACAUCUCAUGUGACUGAUACAACAGAAGUUGAAACAUCUACUAUGACUGAUACAACACAGGCUGGAACAUCUCAUGUGACUGAUACAACAGUAGCAGAAACAUCUACUGUAUCAGAUACAGCACAGGCUGGAACAUCUCAUAUAACAGAUACAACAGCAGAAACAUCUACUGUACCAGAUACAGCACAGGCUGGAACAUCUCAUAUAACAGAUACAACAGCAGAAACUUCUCAUGUAACUGAUACUGCACAGGCCGAUACAUCUCAUAUGACUGAUGUAACAGAAGCAGAAACAUCUACUGUGACUGAAACAGCACAUGCCGGAACAUCUCACUUGACUGUUACAACAGAAGCAGAAACAUCUACUGUACCAGAUACAGCACAGGCCGGAACAUCUCAUGCGACUGAUACAACAGAAGCUGAAACAUCUCAUGUGACUGAUACAACAGAAGCUGAAACAUCUCAUGUGACUGAUAAAACAGAAGCAGAAACAUCUUAUGCAUCUGAUACAGCACAGGCCGAAACAUCUCAUGUAACAGAUACAACAACAGCAGAAACAUCUACUGUACCAGAUACAGCACAGGCUGGAACAUCUCAUAUAACAGAUACAACAACAGUAGAAACAUCUACUGUACCAGAUACAGCACAGGCUGGAACAUCUCAUGUAACAGAUACAGCACAGGCUGGAACAUCUCAUGUAACAGAUACAACAGCAGAAACUUCUCAUGUGACUGAUACAGCACAGGCCGAUACAUCUCAUGUGACUGAUAUAACAGAAGCAGAAACAUCUACUGUGACUGAAACAGCACAGGCUGGAACAUCUCAUGUGACUGAUACAACAGAAGCAGAAACAUCUCAUGUGACUGAUACUGCACAGUCCGGAACAUCUCAUGUAACAGAUACAACAACAGCAGAAACAUCUACUGUGACUGAUACAGCACAGACCGGAACAUCUCAUAUAACAGAUACAACAACAGUAGAAACAUCUACUGUGACUGAUACAGCACAGGCUGGAACAUCUCAUGUAACAGAUACAACAACAGCAGAAACAUCUACUGUACCAGAUACAGCACAGGCUGGAACAUCUCAUAUGACUGAUACAACAGAAGCCGAAACAUCUACUGUGACUGAAACAGCACAGGCUGGAACAUCUCAUGUGACUGAUACAACAGUAGCAGAAACAUCUACUGUACCAGAUACAGCACAGGCUGGAACAUCUCAUAUAACAGAUACAACAACAGUAGAAACAUCUACUUUACCAGAUACAGCACAGGCUGGAACAUCUCAUGUAACUGAUACAACAGCAGAAACUUCUCAUGUGACUGAUACAGCACAGGCCGAUACAUCUCAUGUGACUGAUAUAACAGAAGCAGAAACAUCUACUGUGACUGAUACAACACAGGCCGGAACAUCUCAUGUAUCUGAUACAGCACAAGCCGGAACAUCACAUGCAACAGAUACAACAACAGCAGAAACAUCUACUGUACCAGAUACAGCACAGGCUGGAACAUCUCAUGUAACAGAUUCAACAGCAGAAACAUCUCAUGUACCAGAUACUGCACAGGCCGAAACAUCUCACGUGACUGAUAUAACAGAAGCAGAAACAUCUACAGUGCCUGAUACAGCACAGGCCGCAACAUCUCAUGUAACAGAUACAACAACAGCAGAAACAUCUACUGUACCAGAUACAGUACAGGCUGGAACAUCUCAUGCGACUAAUACUGCACAUGCUGGAACAUCUCAUGUGACUGAUACAGCACAGGCCGAAACAGCUCAAGUGACUGAUAUGACAGCAGCGGAAACAUCUACUGUAGCUAAAACAGUACAGGCUGGAACAUCUCAAGCGACUGAUACAACAGAAGCAGAAACAUCUUAUGUGACUGAUACAGCACAGGCUCGAACAUCUCAUGUGACUGAAACUGCACAGGCCAAUACAUCUCAAGUGACUGAUAUAACAGAGGUAGACACAUCUACUGUGCCUGAAACAGUACAGGCCGGAACAUCUCAAGUGACUGAUACAGUGCAUUCCAGAACAUCUCAUAUGACUGAUACAGUGCUGACAAGAACAUCUCAUCUAACUUAUACAACAGCAGCAGAAACAUCUACUGUGCCUGAUACAGCACAGGCUGGAACAUCUCAUGUGACAGAUACAAUAACAUCAGAAACAUCUACUGUGCCUGAUACAGCACACACUGGAACAUCUCAUGUGACAGAUACAAGAAAAUCAGAAACAUCUACUGUGCCUGAUACAGCACAGGCUGGAACAUCUCAUGUAACUGAUACAGCACAGGCUCGAACAUCUCAUGUAACUGAUACAGCACAGGCUGGAACAUCUCAUGAGACAAAUACAACAACAGCAGAAACAUCUACUGUGCCUGACACAGCACAGGCUGGAACAUCUUAUGUGACUAACACAAUACAGUCAGAUACACAUUCUACACCUGAUACAACAGCAGAAGAAAUAUCUACAACAGUACCCAGAACAACACCAACUGAAUCAACCGUUUUACCUUAUACAGCCACAGAAAUGUCUCUUGUGACUAACACAACUUGGAUAGAAACUUCUUCGUUACCUGAUACAACAACCGAAAUAUUUUAUGUGUCUACAUCAAGAACCACCACUCCAACAACUGUUUCUAGGCCAAGCCCAGGUUCACAUAUCACCCCAACUCAAACUCCUGAUCCACAGACGGUUACUGCUUCUACCACAACCCAAACAACAGCAGCACCUUACACCGCAACCCGGACAUCACCACCAUCCUUUAUAACAACUCCCGUUACUGCAGCUUCUAUUACAACGUAUCCAACUAUCGCCACCACAAUUACAACUGCUUCUACCACAACCCAAACGACAGCAGCACCUUACACCACGAGCCGAACAACAACACCAUAUUUUAUUAUUACAACACCUGCCGCAACAGCUUCUAUCACAACUUCUCCAACUCUCGCCACCACAAUUAAUACGGCUACUACCAAGGCACCGCUAGAAUGCCAGAAUGGAGGGUUCUUUGAUGGAAUUAAGUGCAUUUGUACAGAACUGUUCUAUGGGUCCCUAUGUGAGUUUAUCAUAGACAGAGUUCCACCCGUCAGGGCAUUUAACACCUCUGUGCAAGUGGAGAUAAAAAUCGAUAAAGAGUAUUCACAGAACCUCAGUGACCCCCAAACUCCGGAGUAUAAGGAAUUUGAAUCAGCAUUUAAAAAAGAGAUGAGAUUGGUGUAUUCUAAUGUCCCUGGCUACCAGGACGUGGAAAUAGAGAGUAUCCGGAGCGGCAGUAUUAUUGUAGAUCAUAAGGUUAUUGCGCAGGUGGAGCUUAAGGAAGAUGUCAAUGUGACCGAUGAGUAUAUAACGAUUGUGGAACAGGUGAAGCAAGAUCUAGAAACAGAAAAAGACAAUUGCACCGGUACACUGUGUAUUUCUGGCAUUUUAAAUGUGACAGAAGAAAAACCUCCCAGUAUGAAUGAUUUAUGUGGCACAAUAAUUCCAGAAGGUUUCAGCGGAUUUUACACCAGUCAGUUUGAUCUUGAUGGCCUGACCUGUGUGUCUUACUGUGAGCCAACGUCCUCUAAUUAUCAGAGCUGUAACGAGGGUAAAUGUGAGAUAAAGAAAGAUAUUGGACCCCGGUGCUUUUGCCCAAAUACAGAUCAAUACAUGUAUAUAUCAGCAACCUGUACAGGGAAGAUUUUAAAAUCAGGUUUAUAUGGAGGCAUUGGAGCAGCCAUCUGUGUCCUGGUUAUAAUAAUCAUCACUGGGGCGUUUUUCUUGUUUAAAGCAAAGACAGAGGAAAGUGGUGAUGAAAACUACUUGUUUGAGGAUAAUGAGGAGACGUAUGUGAAACGCGGCAUCUCCAACCUGUACUCACAAUCCGAAAACAGUGACACAUACACAACCCACUCACACAGGAGUACCUGGUCCAGUGAAGUGGAUUUCAAACCGGCACUAGAGAGAGUAGACACAUCCAUCCAGUUGAAAAUAAAGAGACCGGAGAUCUGUAGUGCGAGAAGCUCAGUGAUCCAAGAGGAGGCUUUGGACUCCACAAUCUAGCUCCUCCAACUAGUCUACAAGAAGUUAUCCAGGAUUCCUCAUCUCAUACCACCAAUAUAGGGAUUAUUACGUACCGGCUCUUAUCACUGUAGCUCCUGUGUGCUGCGGUGUGACCGGCGGGGAUUACCCUGUAAAUCAAAAAUAAAGAACAAUUCCAAGGCCUCAUUUUUUAUGUUUGCUCAAUAUAUUGCGCUGUAUUUCCUUAUUAUUAGUUUGGUAAAACAUUUGGUACAGCGCUAGUGAUUCCUGAGGCACUGAGAAAUAUCUAUGUAAUAACUGUGUGGCAGUACAGAUGGUGUGAUGGUUAGCAUUACUGCCUGACACGGCCAUAACUAUGUGACGUUUGUAUAUUCUCCCAGUACUUGGGUGGGCUUGCUCCAGGUACUCCGGUUUCAGUAGAUUAAGUGGCUUCCAACAAAUAUGAAUCCUAGUGUGUGUGUGUGCGUGUACGGGUGUUUAGGGCGGACUCGAUGGGCCAAGUGGUUCUUUUCUGGAUGUCUGUUUCAUCUCCAGCAUGCACAGUGGGAGCCGAGUCACGUGCACCAAAGACUCCCCAUUGCUGGGGAGCAUGGCUAGGCCUAGCUUUGCAGAAGAAGAGGUCCUAACAGGAUGGAGCAGGCGGGGGCCGGAAUUGGGUGAAGCAGUGUGAGGGUGGGUAGACAGAAGUCAGAGCGGGAUCAGGGA